CUCCGCGCGCCCGCCCCGCCCCGCCCCGCGCGCGGCGCAGGCGCGUUGGCAGCGCGGAGCGGCCGGGCCGGGGCAGAGCCCGCGGGAGGCGCCGGUGGCGGGGCAGAGUAUUGCUCAAGAAAACGCUCUUCAAAAGUGGAAGGAGCCCCUACUACAAUGAUGAACGCCGAUAUGGAUGCUGUUGAGGCUGAGAAUCAGGUGGAAUUAGAAGAGAAAACACGGCUUAUUAAUCAAGUUUUGGAACUGCAGCACACACUUGAAGAUCUCUCAGCACGAGUAGAUGCUGUUAAGGAAGAAAACUUGAAACUGAAAUCAGAAAACCAAGUUCUUGGACAGUAUAUAGAAAAUCUGAUGUCAGCAUCUAGUGUUUUCCAGACAACUGACACAAAAAGCAAAAGGAAGUAAGGGUUGUCUCACAGAUUAUGUCAUUGUAUUGCUGCUGGUUUUUUUCUUUUGUUUUAACUGGCAUAGGCUACAUAAGCUAAAAUACUUUAGUUUGUGGUUUACUGGAUUCUCAAAGAUUAUAAACUUUGGUAAUAAACAGAAUUUAGAGCAUUAUCAUGAACAGGAGAGAGAAGUUUGUGUAUUAAGCAAUGUGCAAAUGUACUGUAGAUAAUUACAAAAUUUUUGUAUUUGUUUUAAAAAUGACCAUAUCUUGUUAAACAGCAGAUUAGUUUGUCAGGUUAAACAAAGGUUUGCUGGCACUCUGAGGUCAGGGUAGAUUUCUCGACUAGCCAAGUAAUAGUUACAAUAUUGUGUUGAAAUCCCAUUUGAUAAAAAUAUUCAGAGUUUAACUGCUUCAGGUUUCUUUCACCUGAGAUGUGUUUACUGUGUAGGACUGUUCAUAGCUCUGCCAAACAAAACAACAGCCUAUAAACCAGUUAAGCAUUUCUGUGAAGUAGGAACAGUAUGACAUUCUUUGCAGGGCUUGCAUAUGGAAAAACACCUCGGGUUUUUUUGGGAAGGGGGAGGGUAAGAGAAGGAACAAGGGUAAGCAGCCUUAUCAGGGAAAUACCAAACAGAUUGGAAAAACCAAUCUGCAGUAUCAGAUGUAAUACGUACUCUUGAAACCAUUGCUGCUUUCCUGUUUCCCUGAAGAUGAUCAGGCACAUCAUCAUGAUGUAGGAUCUUCUUCAAGUUCUUCUGUUUGAUGAAAAGUUCAGUAAAACCUCAGUGGUAACCUUUGCAGGAAGAGGUCAGCGAUGCUCCUUGUGCUCGUGAACAAUUCACAGCGAGGAGCUGAGAACAAGUCUCUCCUUCCUACCUUUUACUUUCCUCCUGGAGUGCCAAACUUGUCUUUGCUUCAGGCCUCAGAGCAGCUGUUUUCCUGCCUCACAGCCUAAGCCUGUGAAGUGCAUAAAAACACCUAAGGCAGGAGGAUGCAGUGGAACAAAGGUAGAUUUUGCCUCUCUUUGUGCUGCUCUGAGCAGCGCCUGGUGUCCAGGUGCUGUUUUUUCCUGGCUUGGGUGUUAGGUUUUAUAGGGGAGCUCAGCCCAGAUUAUGGGUCUGAGCACUUCCCACAGAGGCAGCAUGUCCAGCAUAGUCAGUAUUAGGGGAGAGCAGAAGCUGAAACACAAAUAUGUAAAUUUUAGCUGUACUUAGUUGUAUCUGUUUCAUCUUGCCCUGUAACACCACCGCAGACUUAUUUAUGGACUUUAGCUAGGACUGAGUUCUCGCUUCAGUAAUGAAGACAUUUUACUUGACCUUUUAAAAGGAAACCACUAGUUCAAGGAUCUUUCUCAAGCAUGGUGUGAAUGAGUCAGUGUAAUAGAAUAAUAAAUCCCUCUCAAAUCCCAAGUUUCUUAGCACUUAGGUACUGCUGUGUGUUAAGUCUAAGUUGACAUUGUGAGGUUCCCCCUCCCAAAGGUGAGAUUUCCCAUUUUUCCCCAUUUAAAAUGGUUAUACAAUGCUCACUGGAGUCAAAAGGCUCCAAACAAAGCACUAACAGUACAGUCCUGAGGGCUGCUCACAAGUCUGGGUCAAGAAACCCAGUGACCAAAAAUGAACAAAACCAUUUGUGUGACGGGGUCCUUGUCAACAUCUAAAAUUAACUUUAAUCUUUUAUGGACUACUUUCUCACAUUACUGCAACUCUAAAUUAAUCCAAGAACUGCUAGCAGGUAGGGUAGAUCACACGGCUAGUCCAGAGUUUGAGCAUUAAAGGAAGAACAAUCACAGCCAGCACUUGACUGUAAGGAUUGCAUUGCAUUGCAGCCAUGGUAGCUUUAAAGCCACGUCACUGCCGCCUCCAUCUGCUCUACAGAUCACAGCAUGCGCUUGUACCACCACAGCAAUUCCCAGGAUAAAGUCAUUUUAAAUUAAAAUCAUGGGUUUGUAUUGUAGAUUGGAUAGUGGUAUUUUAUCCAUCAGUGUGUAUACAGCAGUUAUUGCAUCUCCAUCUUACAUCCCACUACUGUGGCCUUCAUUUAACUUAUGAACGUUUUAAAGAUGUUGUAUUUCUGACUUUACACCAAAUAAAAUCUUUUCAUUUGUCUCGA